GUCAUAUUGAAUUCAGUUAUGGCAUUAGAUAAUGGAGUGCAUGGCCAUAAUCUUGAGAGAACUUAAAGAAAGAUCCAUCAUUGAAGUUUUUGUCAUGCUGAUGCAAUUUGAUAUUGUUUUCAUUGACACGUAUUCUGGACUAACUAUGUAAUGAGUCAGUUGUGUUACUGACAUGUCAGCAGGCUUCAGAGAGAAAUUAUGUGUUGAAGAAAGAAGAAGCGUUACAUAUAACUCUUUACAGAUUUUGUGGAGAGCCACUUGGCUGUUGGUAUGAAACUGGAUGCUGCAAGUAGCUCGACAGAAGUGCUCAUUCACAUUGUUGGCAGCUCUGAAGUUCAGUCUAUGCUAGCAGACAAAAUGGUUUCUAAGAAGACAGUGUGGGAUCAUGUUGCGGCCGAGAUGAAAAGGACUGGCUUUGAUAUGGGUGAAAAUGGAGGUGGCAGAUGCCGACAAAAGUGGUCUAAGAUUGUUAGAAAUUAUCAUCAUUUUACCAGGACAAGAACUUUUAAUAUGAAGGCACAUUAUCCUUUGUAUUAUGACAGUUUGGAAGAAAUAUUGAACCGGAAAAAGCAAGUCAUCAACAAUAUUAGUGGUGAAGAAGGUAAAUCAGUUGUGAAUUCUUUUGUUUCAACAGAACGUAAAAGAAAGCAAGAUGAUGAGUGUUCCGUUGAUGUGGACAGUCAGUCACCAUCUUCACCGAAACAGAUUUGCCAGACACUUGAUUCUUCAUGUGUAUCAUUACUAGAUAUACCCAUUUCAUCUAAUAGUUCUGAAGACGAUGGUAGCAAAGUUUUUAAAAUACCCCCAGGAAACUGUACAUUGAAUUCUACCAUUCCAGACAAUAACCAGGCCUUCAAGUCAGUGUCAAAACAGUCAAACAGUGAAGAAUUCAUCCUAGUUUAUCCUGAAGGAUCUGAAUAUUUCACUGAUUCAAAAUUCAGACAUGAAUCUGAGGUGCCUGUUGGUCAUUUUGAUAGUGAGGAAUUUAUCCCUGUUUACCCUGAUGUUUUAGAAGAUUUCACAAAUAAUUCAGUUCCAGAACAUUUCAUUGAUCAUUCAUAUGCAGAAGAAAGUGUAACUGAAUAUCAUAAACAGCCUUCACAUUCAGUUUCCAAAGUAUGUAGAAAUGCAGGGAACAUAAAUCCCUCAUUGCCAGACCUUCUUGAAGGUACAAAUAAGUCAUCUCUUUCAAAGAAAACUAAUGUAAGUACUCAAGGUCCUGCAACAGUUAUUGUUUCUCCAGUACCUAACCAACCGGCACGUCCGAUUCCAACUGCAGGAGAAGCCAUGAUGUCACUCAUAAUGAGAUUGUCUGAAGAUGACAGAAGAAGAGAAAAUGCAACAGCAAGGAGAACAGAAAAAAGGAUGCAUAACCUUGAAAUACUUCUUGAGAGACAAACUGUCAGACAACAAGAGUUGUUGAACAAGGUUUUGUUUACUGUCAAAGAACUUGACUAAAACUAUUAACAUUGUCAUAAUUAUUGAUCACCAAAGCAAAUAAAAUUUUCCUUAAAUUGUG